AACUUCAGUCCGUUGGCUGCGGCGGCAGAUAGCAAAGUGGUCUCAAGAACUUGGGUGCUAUGGGCGCUCCUGUAGAGCAAGCGGUUACUAUGGACGGGUUCCAUAUAUACCCAUCAGAUAACUACACGGAGGAGGACAUGGGUUCAGGUGACUAUGACUCCAUAAAGGAACCCUGCUUCCGAGAGGAAAAUGCCCAUUUCAACCGGAUCUUUCUGCCCACGAUCUACUCCAUCAUCUUCUUGACUGGCAUAGUGGGCAAUGGCUUGGUCAUCCUGGUCAUGGGCUACCAGAAGAAACUGAGAAGCAUGACAGACAAGUACAGACUACACCUGUCCGUGGCAGACCUCCUCUUCGUCCUCACCCUGCCCUUCUGGGCAGUUGAUGCCGUGGCAAACUGGUACUUUGGAAAGUUCCUGUGCAAGGCUGUCCAUGUCAUCUACACGGUCAACCUGUACAGCAGUGUCCUCAUCCUGGCCUUCAUCAGCCUGGACCGCUACCUGGCCAUCGUCCACGCCACCAACAGUCAGAGGCCACGGAAGCUGUUAGCUGAAAAGGUGGUCUAUGUUGGUGUCUGGAUACCUGCUCUUCUGUUGGCUAUUCCCGAUUUCAUCUUUGCCAACGUCAGGGUUGGGGAAGACAGGUAUAUAUGUGACCGCUUCUACCCCAACGACGUGUGGAUGGUGGUGUUCCAGUUCCAGCACAUCAUGGUCGGCCUUGUCCUGCCGGGUAUCGUCAUCCUGUCCUGCUAUUGCAUUAUCAUCUCCAAGCUGUCCCACUCCAAGGGCUACCAGAAGCGCAAGGCCCUCAAGACCACAGUUAUCCUCAUCCUGACUUUCUUUGCCUGCUGGCUACCCUACUACAUUGGGCUCAGCAUCGACUCCUUCAUCCUCCUGGAAAUCAUCAAGCAAGGAUGUGAGUUUGAGAACACUGUGCACAAGUGGAUUUCCAUCACCGAGGCCCUCGCCUUUUUCCACUGUUGCCUGAAUCCCAUCCUCUAUGCCUUCCUUGGAGCCAAAUUUAAAUCCUCCGCCCAGCAUGCACUCACCUCUGUGAGCAGAGGGUCCAGCCUCAAGAUCCUCUCCAAGGGAAAGCGGGGUGGACAUUCUUCUGUUUCAACUGAGUCUGAGUCUUCAAGUUUUCACUCCAGCUAACACUGAUAUAAAAGACGUUUAUACAUGGAAGAACUUUUUUUUUUAAAGUUAUACAUUUUUUCCAGCUAUAAAAGACUGACCAGUACUGUACAGUUUGUAUUACCUGUUGGAUUUUUUUCUUGUGUUUAGUUUUUGUGAGGUUUAAUUGACUUAUUUAUAUAAAUAUUUUUGUGUUUCAUGUUGAUGAGUGUCUAGGCAGGACCUGUGGCCAAUUUCUUAGUUUGCUGUAUGUCUGACUGUAGAACUGUAGAAAAGGGAACUGAACAUUCCAGAAUGUGCAGUGAGUCACUUAAGCUAGAAAUGACCCUCAGCUGUUUGUGUAUAAAUAAUCUCUCCAUUCCGGUGGAACAGUUUCUUUGCCUGUUCUGAACUUGUUUGGUUACACUAUGUGAUUUUUUGCUGUAGAAGAUGGCCCUUGGAGCCAAAUCCUGAAGUAGAAAUGCUGGUUUUUCAUUUUUCAGGAGUGGGUUGAUUUCAGCACAUACUAUGUACAGUCUUGUAUUAAGUUGUUAAUAAAAGUACAUGAAAAACUUA